AUGACGUCAGUGAACUUCAGGUAGGAAAGUUGUAGCUCCAGAUAGAGGUCCGAAUUCCCGAGUAGUAAUUCCGAAUUGCAUGAUUGUUCAAAACGUUCUUUCCCCGAGUUGUCAGUUAGAGAUUUCCCGAGUUCCUAGUUGUUACGAACGCGGCAUAACAUCUAGAUACGCCAUAUCCUGUUCCAGCUGUCAAAUAAAAAAUGGCGUUGCUUCUAAGGACCUUUACCCGACAGGGCACUUGCUUGUUCCGCCCUCAGUUUGGCAUUCUAUGCAGACAUGCUGUUCCAAUGGGAACCACAGCAAAUGAGGAAAUGAACACGUUUUGGGCCAAAAACAACAAAUUGAACCGACCCAUGUCGCCACAUCUGACCAUCUAUAAGUGGUCAAUGCCUAUGAUGAUGUCCAUCACACACAGAGGUACAGGAGUGGGUCUCAGUGGAGGUAUCUCAGCAUUUGCUCUAUUAGCACUGGUGUUGCCAGGUAACUAUCCAUACUACCUUGACCUGAUCCACUCCCUGUCCGUUGGUCCUGCUCUGCUCAGCCUUGCCAAGUUUGGCAUUGCCUUCCCUGUGUCCUACCACACCUUGAACGGAAUCCGCCAUCUGUUCUGGGAUAGCGGUAAGGGAUUUAAGAUUCCUGAGGUGUAUCGCUCGGGCUACGUGGUCAUUGUGCUGUCAAUACUGACCUCCAUUGCUGCCAUUGCAUACAUGUGAGCAGAAUGAUGAGAGCAGAGAAAAGGAGUGCAGGAAGAGAGAGAGAGAAGGGACACGAGGGAUGCUUUUUAAAAAAAUGUUCUUGUCUUUGUCCCCAACACAGUAAUUGAAUGAAUAAAUAAAUGUCUAACCUA